AUGGAAUUCCUCCCCAGAAGCGCGGCUGCCGACAAGGGAGACAUGACGAGCGUUGGGUGUUGCGAAAUGGGGUUUAAACACAUUCUUGCUUCAUCCAACCCGAGUUCUAACGCGGCCGGAUUGGUUGUGUUCUGGCACACCGACGCUUUCCGUCGAGUUGCUGAGCCACCUCUGCGGAUGCGCCGUGAGAAUGUCAUGAAAUAG